AUGAGGUGGGGCCUAGGCGGACUUCUGAGGGCGUUUUUCGCCGCCCCGGCGCUCAUGUUCCGCCUGGCGCCGCUGGAGCAUGGGCACUACGCGCGGAGCUGGAGGCGUCUCGCGGCGCUGGAGCGGUGGCUGGAUCUCGCGGUGCGACCGGACCCGGCAGAGUUCCCGGAGGACGCGGAUUUGUUGGAGGCGGAGAUGGACAACCUGCCGGAGCUGCGGGCCAGGGUGGAACGGGCUCGGCGAGAGCUCUCGGCCGCCCUUCCGCCCAUGGAGUCCUCGCAGCUCGUGGUGCAGAGCUCCACCCUCGGCCCCCGCGCGGGGCUGGGGCUCUUUGCGGGCGAGGACUUGGCGCAAGGCGAGCUGGUUGCGCACUAUGGGGGCGACCUGCACAGCUUGAGGUCCUCAUUGAAGUUGCAGGACACGCAGUACGUGAUGCGCCUCGGCUGCGCCAACGGCUCCAGGGACGAGAUUGCCAACGCGUGCUUGUACGUAGAUGCUGGGCCCCACCUGGGCAUCAAGGCGCGGUUCAUCAACGAUUGCCGAAAUCCUCGGGGGUACAACCUGACCCUGGUCUGUUGCCCAGAUCAGCAUUACGCCAAAUUGCUCGCUGCCCGCGAUAUUUGCCAAGGCGAGGAACUGUUCUUUGACUAUGGGGAGAAGUAUUGGGAAGAUCGUGCUCAACAUAUGGGCACUGAUGAAUUGUUUGAAUGCGUCGUGCUGACCGAUGAUGAGAUCCUGAAUCGAAAACAGGAAACAACCUGA